GGCGUGUCGCAUUGAAACGUUAUUACUUACUGAUAACAUCUCGGUUAUAAAUUAUUACGCAUAGAAGGAGAACCAUAUAGAGCAUUUCUCACAGUUGUGAAGUUACCUUGACAUGGCAUUUAAUUGUAUCCGAGACGGUAUCCAGUAAAUAACGACAUUGUUUCACUGUGUGAUUCAUCUAACAAACCAAGUAAAAUGGAAUUACAUGCCACCACAAUGCCCAAGUUAUGCUUUUAUAUUGAUAAUUCUCAUUGAUUCUCAUUUUGUUUUCCAUGUCGUUGCCUUUUACUAACCGUAUUGGUGGAACAGUCGGCGCUGUUUUAACCUGUCCAUUAGAGGUUGUUAAAGUUCGUCUUCAAUCAUCAAAAGGAUUUGUACUAUCUACUUCUUCGCUCAGUUCGAACCUCUCUUCAGACCCUUGUCGCAGUCUUCAUUUUUCACAUACUAAAUAUCUGCUAUCUAGUGAAAGACAAAGUCAAACAAAUGGUCAGAGAUUCGAUACAGAUCGCAAAUCGGUGAAUUUUCUGCAUAAUAAUUCUACAAAACCUCCGAUAUUUGACAUUCCCAAUGAAUCAUCAAGUCCUAAACCCUCUGGAUUCCGAAGGUCUGUUAUUCUUCGUUCAUUGAUUGAUAUUUGCCGUUUGGAAGGACCUACAGCCUUAUUUAAAGGUCUUCUUCCUACCCUUGUUGGAGUAUUGCCAUCACGAGGAAUAUACUUUUGUGCAUAUCAUAAUGGACAAUUAUUUUUCGAAAAAUACUUCCAGUCUGGAUCUUCAGCGGUCUACUUAUGUGCAGCUGGAAUCGGAAGCAUAACAGCUUCUUCCCUAACCAAUCCUAUUUGGUUUGUGAAAACAAGACUUCAGCUUGAUUCAAGACCAGGUCAUUCCCCUAUUACUGUAUCACAAAUAAUCCGCAACACUUGGAAUAGAGAUGGAUUCCGUGGCUUCUAUCGUGGUGUAAGUGCAUCAUAUUUUGGUUCCCUGGAGACAGCUUUAAAUUUUGUAGUCUAUGAAAAUUUUAAAUCUGAACUACUGUGGAAAGAACAUAAACGUAGACAAAAUUUGGCGCUUAGUACUCCUACUAUUCCUGUUUCAAAUUAUGAUAGUCAGCCACUCAGUAAUGAAUCUGGACCUCAAAAAGCUUCAGAUCUCCGUGGUUCCACUGGUGGAAGUAAAUUAUCAGCUUCAAAAGAUAUGAUACUAUGCAUGAUUGCUAGUGCCUGUUCUAAAGCAAUUGCUAUCACCGCUCUUUAUCCUCACGAAGUGGUUCGAACUCGACUGCGUGAAGAAAGCGGUCAAUAUCGUGGAUUUUUUCGUACUCUGCUUACAGUUGGCAAAGAAGAAGGCAUCAGUGGCCUAUAUCGUGGUAUGGCAACACAUUAUAUUCGUCAGGUACCCAAUUCUUGUAUUAUGAUUGGAACUUACGAAUUCGUUGUCUUUCUGCUACAGUCUUGGGAUUAACCAAAGAUACCAGGGCACAGUAGCCGUUGCCUUUAUCUUCUACUUAGAGAGGUUACUUCUUGAGUUCUUUUUGUAUGUGCGUUCCUUCUAUUUCUUCAUUAAUUUGUACAGAAAUCAGUUUACUGUAAUCAGCAAAUUUAUGAUUUCAUUUCUGGAGUUGUCUUAUUAUCACUAUUAUUAUUAUGAUGAUUGUUAUCAUCAUUUCUUAUUUUUGAGUUAUUUUCACCACUGAAAUCGCUUGUUGCUCAUCAGAGGGAGAAGUAGUGAAAAGCGAGGAUCUCAUUGGGAAGCAGAGGGAGGGGAAGUAAAGCAGAUCCACUUUUAACUUCCGUUAUAGACUCAUUUUAGAUUUAUUUCCAGAAAUUUUGUUUUCUAUUAUCAGUGCUAAUAUAUUAUUGUCAUUGAAGUGAUUUGUAGAAAAAAGAAAACAGUAGUUGAAACGAACUAAUAUCCCGUGUGUGGGCUCAUGUGUCCUUAUUUUUUAUACAUCCUCUGUAUUCCUCAUUGUCCGACUAUUUCACAUUUCUACUGUCUUUUAGUCUUCGUUUGGUUUAUCGGAGUGAGACAUUUUAUCAUCCUGUUACCUGUCAUUGCUGCUGCUGCUUUCGUUGUAUAGAAUCACAGGAAUGCAGUAGAAAAUGAAGUAAAGUGAUAAAUUGACGCCAUUUGUGUUUACUAUUGUAUAAAACAUGUGGAUACUUCGAGCAUACAUUGUUGUGUAAAUGUCAAACCUCUUCACCUGUUGCUGUCCAUCAUAAACGCUGUAUUCUACUCUUUCUGGUCUUCUUCUUGCUGGUAUGCGGUGUAUACGACCGUCUCUCCGUUUAUUGUUCCUUCUUUCGCUGAUUUUUGCUACUAUUAUUAUUAUUAUUAUUAUCAUCACUUACUGUGGUUUCUAUUUUCUUUUCUCCUAAUUAUUAUACAUCUCUGCAUUUCGAAUUUGUUUUGUAACAUAAAGUCUGAACAAAAAAGAACUACACGUUUAAGAGAAAAGCGUUUCUUUUAUGUCGUAUUCAACGUGUGAAGUGCUAAUGCCCACUAUUUUGCUUUUUAUUAUUACUACUACUACUGCUAUCAUUACUACUCAUUUUGUAGAAUAAAAUAUUUGACUCCUUUGGUU